UCUUUAUUCGGUACCGGGACCUGAAGCAUGGACGUGAUGUUGGGUCGGUGUUGAUGGGAAACGUGUUAAUAAUCCGGUGAACGUCAGAGUGACUCACAGACUGACUGACUCACGGAGUCUGUCCGCGGAGCCUCCAGCUUCUCCCCGCCGCUCUCCGCCACCAGACUCGCCUCAGUGCGCUCAGCUCCGGCCGCCUGGACGCCUCGGUCUCCGCUGUGGGUUCGGUGGUCCGGUCCGGUCCGUCCGGGAAGGCUUUCUACCGGCGUGAAGUUCACAUCUGCACCGGGAACUUUAACGGCUUUAACGGAGGAAACCGGAGAGUCACAGCGCAGGAACUCAUCUGAUCUUCUUCUACUCUUCAUCUACCCUUCCUCCUGACUUCAUCCUCCAGCCGCCGACGUCAGUGGAACGUUUCAAUCCCGUCUGAUAUACGGGUUAAUCUGAUUAUGAAGAUUUCCUCUGAGGUGUCUCUUUGUCAAUGACGGCCAAGAUGGACACUCCUUUCUACCACGAUGACUCCCCCGCUGUCCCCGGCUUCAACCAGAUCGCGGAGUUCGAGCGUUACCCGGGAAACAAGAUGCUGAUGAGUAAGAAGGCCAUGUCGGUGGUGGGCGGUCAUCACUUCCACGGCAGCAGCGCAGCAGGAGGAAGAGGCGGGAACCACAACAACCUGGGCCUGGCAGGGAACAGCUCCCUGAUGGCGUCGGCAGCAUCUUCUGCAGGUUCCUCGGCAGAUAUGAACCUCCUAAAGCUGGCGUCUCCAGACCUGGAGCACCUGAUCAUUCAGUCCAACCAGGGCCUGGUCACCACAAGCCCAGUGUCCAACUCCGGCAACCCCUUCAUCUACCGCGGCCAGGCUACCAACGAGCAAGAAGGAUUCGCCGACGGCUUCGUCCAAGCACUUGCUGACCUCCACAAGCAGAAUCAGCUGGUGGGAGGUGGACCCAUGUCCCCGUCCUCGUCCUCCAGCGUCUCCCUGCAGGCGUCCUACCAGAGGAGCCUGAUGUCCGGUGGAGAUAUGCCCGUCUACACCAACCUCAACAGCUACAACUCGGGUCCGAUGCCUUUCGCCGGAGGGCAGAUGGCGUACGGUGGAGGUUCGGGUCAUGGUGGAGGUCCUCAGCCGCACCCUCGAGGUCUGGACGCCCCUCAGACCGUCCCAGAGGUUCCUCACCCACCGGGGGACCCCACUUCGCCACCAUCCCUCUCCCCGAUCGACCUGGAGACACAGGAAAGAAUCAAAGCGGAGCGUAAGAAGCUCCGCAAUCGCAUUGCAGCGUCCAAAUGCCGCAAGCGGAAGCUGGAGCGAAUCUCGCGGCUGGAGGAGAAGGUGAAGGUCCUGAAGAGCCAGAACUCGGACCUGGCCUCCACCGCCGCCAUGCUGAGGGAGCAGGUCGCUCAGCUCAAACAGAAGGUCAUGAGCCAUGUCACCAACGGCUGCCAGAUUGCCGUCGGGUCGACAGCUGCUGCCAAGUCUGGAGGAGGAGGAAGUGGCCGCCGCAGUGAGGACUCCAGCUGCUGAGGAGGACACACAUCUGGAGAAGAUCGGCUGACGGUUUACUUUAAGAUUUUUGGCAUUUUGCUCGUGUUCUCGGUUGGAGCGAGCAGAGAUCGAGCAGCUCGGUGUCAACAGCGCCUCAACAGCACAGAUGGAUGUUUAACGGUCACCUGACACCACUGUCAAUCAUCCAGCCGAAGGAGGCGGAGCUUAAAGGACGCAGGAGAUGGGGGAGGGGCGUCUCCCUGGACAUGGACGUGCUUUAAGUAUAGAUGAUUUCGAAUUUUGAUAGUGAAUUUUGUGGAACAAAUUGCGGAUUUCUAGACUCAGCCGUGUGUCUGAAGCGACGCGAUGCAUUUAUUUAUGAGGUAGGAUGAGUUUCCUGCCAAGAUUUCCAAGUUUCCACGACAAAAUAUGUUGUUCACUUUAAAACACUCAUGACUCUAUUAUCAUCGGAAAACGACAAAACUUUUUAUCCACCUCCGAUUCUUUUUAUUCAAACUAUAUUUAAGAUUUUACUGUUUGAAAUAAAUUAAAUCUGUCUAUAUGAACAUUUUCAAGAAGACUGCUGUGAUGUGAUUUCUGCAGAAAACAUUGCCAAGUAAUCAGAUUACAUUUGAUUCAGUGAUGUUUCUUUUGUAAUCUGAUUACUCUGGUCUAAUCUCUUUCUCUACAUUUUGACUGAAUGCAACUGCGGUUUUUACAUUAACAGUAAUAAACGCACGUAAUCAGAUUACUGUAAUCUCUUUACAUGGUUGUAACUAAACAUCAGCUCUGUUAACUCGGUCACUGAUUUGGCUGGGAGCGAUAAAGCCACGUUUUAAUGGAGAAAUCGUUGUUUUUGGUGGAAACUUUCUUCACCGUUUGGGUUUUUCCAAAUCACAACUUAAGGAAAAGUUCAGUCUCAGAACAAAAAAUGACUCGUGUUUGUUUUUUCUGUUUUCGACACACAAAAACAUUUAAAUUCUUAAAGAUUUCAUUCUCUCGGUUUUAACAUUUGUCGAUACUUAAUAUUUUUUGGGUUCGCUCUGGUGUUUCUGACUGAUUGUUUCUACAACAAGAGAGAAAUAUAAAAGAAGAUGAAAAAAGUCAGAUUGUUAUUGUAAACAUCAAUGGUUUCAUAUCUGUUUUAUUCUCAUUAAUAAUAUUGUGCAAAUAAGAUAUGACUGUUGCAUAAUGUUCAUUAUUCGGAUGCUGUUAUUCUUUUCGCUUUUCUAUACUGUAAAAAAGAGAUUUUAUUUAUGUAAAUUAAUUUGUUUGGAGGCUGAUUCCUGCCAGGAAAAUGAGUUAAUUUUGAAAACUAUAGCCAGAAUUUGGACUUUGCACUACAUAAUCUGUCUGAGCAGCUCUCAAUCUGUUAUUUUGACUUUUUUAUCUUCUGAAUUUCAUCAGUUUCUGGUAGAUUUGUGGAUCUCUGCAGGUUAAAAAGUCUCCAGGAGGCAGAAACAUGAAUCAGAUGCUGGUUCUGGUUCGUCAGAAAGGGAAUUUUGGAACAUUUUUGAGGAAAAAAAAGUCUGCUUGCCAAGUAAAUAUGUAAUAAUCUCAGCGUUUCAUGUGCUUUAUGAAGAAAACACCUUUAAGAUCCAGCUUCAUAUUAAAUGAUGUGAUAAUUUUUAUAGUGUACAAAAAAAAUCCAACUUCAGAAAAGAAAGUGAAGUUAAUGUUGAAUCCUGAUGUAAAACAUAAUGGAAAGACUCUGAAUACACUGUAUAACUCCUUGACGAUGUUGUAGAGGUCCUUGAGUGUUUCCCAAAGGACCCUAAGGGGCUCUCUGAGAACUUCAAGGAUGUUGCCAGGGCCUCAAGAAAGGACAACAAGGACAUGGCACAGGUCCUUAAGGAUGUCGUAGAGGUCCUAGAGGAUACUGUGCAGGUCAUGUUCUUAAGAAUAUUGUGAAGGUUUUUGACCACACUGUACAGGUCUAUAGGGAUGUUUCAGAGGUCCUUGAAGACACUAUACAGAUCCUUAAGGAAGUGUCCUUGAGGACACAGUAUGGGCCCUUAAAGAUGUUGAGGUAUUUGAGAACACAAUACAGGUCCUUGAAGACACUAAGCAAGUCCUUUAGAAUGUUGUACAGGUCGUCAAGGACACUAUAUGGGUGUUCAAAGAUGUUGUAGAAGGACACAAUACAGGUUUUGUCUUUAAGGACACUGUGAAGGUUUAUGAGGACACUGUACAGGUCUUUAAGGAUGUUGUUGAGAUCCUUCAGGAUGUUUCAGAGGUCCAUUAGGACACUACACAGGUUCUGAAGGAUAUUGUAGAGGUCAUGGAGGAUACUAUACAGGUGCUGUCCUUAAGGAAGUUGUAGAAGUCCUUGAGGACACUAUACAGGCCCUUCAAGAUGUAGAGGUCUUUCAGGACACAAAAUAGGUUCUCGAGGAUGUUGUAGAUGUCUCUGAGGACACUACACAGGUUCUUGAUGACACUGUACAGGUCCUUGAGGACACAUCCAGGUCCUGUCCUUAAGAAAAUUGCAGAAGUCCUUGAGGAAAGUUCCUUGAUGACAUGACACAAGCCCUUAAAGAUGUAGAGGUCCUGGAAGACUCUAUACUGGUUCUUAAGGGUGUUGUAGAAGUCUUUGAGGACACUACACAGGUUCUUGAAGACCCCGUACAGUUCCUUGAUGAGAGUAUGCAGACCUUUAGGACUUGGUAGAGGUCCUUGCUGACUUUGUAGAGUUCCAGGGCAUUGUAAAAGCCUUCACAGCCUCUUUGGUCCUCGAGAGGCCAGAUGAGAUCCUUACAGGGUCAUAGAGGUUCUUGGUUGUAUCACAGAGGACUUUAGGGGACUAUCUGGGGCCCUUGAAGAUGCUGUAGAUCCUUGAGGAUGUUUUUAAGGUCCUUUAGUGAGCUGACUGCUAACACAGGCUGAACCAUCACUACUGUUGCCAUGGUUACCCGCAGCUGAAUAUAUUCAGAGGUCUGAUUUUGAGCUGCAGUUCAAAGUUUGAAGUUGUUUGACUCUCUCAGCUGAUCCUCUGCCGUCACGUCGUCACAUUUCAGGUUGUUUCUGCUUGAUUGCUCGACGUUAUUCAGAUUUAUAAAUGAAAAUACGACAAACUGAGCUUUUAUUAUCACAACGAACCAUCCUGUUGUUGUGGAACUGAUUGAUAUUUUCUCACGUUUUCAGGAUAUUGAACAGUUUCUAUUUUAAACUCCUGAUUUUUACUGAUGUCAGCAUCCUGUCGGCGUCUGACAGAAAAACAUGCAAAGAAAAAUAUGAAUCAGAGCAAAAACAUAUAUACAGCAAAAAAGAAAAAGGUUUUAGCUGCAGUUUUGUGUUUUUUGGUUUGUUUGACAUUUCAGAAACUUAAAAAAAAACACUGUUGGGAAGCAAAAUAUUUAUUUUUUGAACUUGAACGAGGCUUUUGUUGCCUCCGAUGAAUCUAUUUUUGUACAAAUGUAUAGAAGUUGUUGUUAUAAUCUACUGAAACGUGUGUGUUCGAUCUGUCGGGUUUGUUCAGACACUUCCUGUCUAUUUAUUAUGAAAAUCUUCUGUUUACUUCCUUCGCUCUGUUCUGCUGUGUUCACGUUUGUGUCAAUAUACCAGUGAUGAAAUACUCA